AUGGUUGGGGAAUCGAGAGGUGGUAGUGGUGAAGAUGAGAGUGAGAUAACGCGGCGAAGACAAGGAAAAAGGUUUUUGGAAGAGGAAAUUGGCCUCGUUAGGGUUAGGGUUCUGGGAGUGGGAGUAAGGGUGACGGGUGGUGGUUGUUGCAAAAUAGAAGAGAGUUUUGCAGGGCUCAACGGAGGCCGUGACGGCGAGGAGAGAGAAAAGGAGGAGAGGGAGAAUCGAGUGAAGUAUUUUGGCAAUUUCUAUUUCUUUCCCAAAACGUCGAGUGAGGUUGAGGCCACUUACUUCUCGAUUUACCCUAGAAAUGAUUCCGGCUUAAGCAUCAACGAUAUAAAGCAUUUACUUCUGGAUAUUGAAAGGGAGAGGAAGAGAAGGGAUAAUCCCGAAUCCAAAAUGUGGCCUCUCUUUCUCAUGCAAUUCUCUCCAAGUGAAGCUUUUGCAUUAGUAUAA